AACUGAAAGAGUUAUAUAUUCAGUGCUUAUGAACGUGUUGUGAAAGUUCAGUGUAGCUACGAUUCGAAUAAAUCCGUUCAAACGAACCUGUGACAAAGAUGCGUGCGGUCUGCAGUACUGUUUAUAAAGCGCCUGUGAGAUGUAAAGAGCAUAAAGAACGUUUGUGACAAACACACCGCCGUAUUGUGUUGCUGUAAGCGUGCCCGAGUCUGACGUGUUUGUAUGGUACAGAAAGCCCUACGGCUCCAUGUUGCUGGCUCAGGAGUUUAAACAAAAGGAGGCACGGGUCUUUUUGGCCGGGACGAGGUAUAAAUGCGAGGGGGUUAAAGUGAGGCAGAACUGCGCGUCAGUCAACGGGCGGGAACGGAUCCGACGGACGGAACGGAACGGAACGGAACGGAAAGAAGCCAAAAUGAGCACGGGAAAGAUCAUCUUCUAUGAGGACAGGAACUUCAUGGGGCGCUCCUGGGAGAGCAGCGGCAACUGCCCCAACAUGUCCUCCUACCUGAACCGCUGUUACUCGUGCCGAGUGGAGAGCGGCUGCUGGAUGGUGUACGAUCGCCCCAACUUCAUGGGCAACCAGUAUUUCCUCAGGAAGGGCGAGUACAACGACUACAUCGGCACGUGGGGGAUGAACGGUUGGAUCCGCUCCUGCCGCUGGAUCCCCAUGCACAGCGGCCCCUACAGGAUGAAGAUCUACCCCAGGGAGAACUUCAUGGGCCAGAUGAUGGAGAUGUCUGACGACUGCGACUCCUUCAUGGAUCGUUAUAGCUGGUCUCAAGGCUGCAUGUCGUGCCACGUGAUGGACGGCCACUGGCUCAUGUACGAGUUCCCUCACUACAAAGGCAGGAUGUGGUACUUCGGUCCCGGACAGUACCGGAACUACAGGCACAUGAUGGGAAUGAGCGGCAUGAGGUGUAUGAGCAUGAGGCGCAUCAUGGAUUCCUGGUAUAACUAAAACCACUUCAUGUUCGAUCUCGUGAGUCUCGAAUAAAGCGAAUGAAAGGAGAA